AUGAGUAAUGGUGAUGAAAAUUAUUUUUAUCUCGAUCGACUCGACUCACUAAUCUAUUUGGAUGCAGUGAUCAACGAAGUAUUUCGUUUUACCCCACCACUUCCUGCAACAUUUCGUACAUUGAAUGCCGACGAUUGUCUGCCAAAUAGUGGAGUUCAACUGUUCAAAGGCGAUCAAGUACUCAUUCCGUUGCACGAUUUGGCACGAGACACUCGAUAUUGGUCAAUUGAUCCUGCACUAUUCUAUCCCGAACGUUUUCUAGGCGCGGAUAAAAACCAUCAUCCCUAUGCACUGAUACCAUUCGGUGCUGGCCAUCGUCAAUGUAUGGGUGAGGAUUUGGCUCGAUUUAAGUUCAAAGUGAUUGCAGCGAGACUGAUGCAGUAUGUCACAUUUGGAGAUGGUGGACCUCAGGUUAAUGCCGGUGGACAUCUACCAAGAAUUGCUAUUAUGCCACAUCAUGUCGGUGUCACUAUUGAGUUCGAUUAA